AUGAUGACCAUGUACCGAUACCAUCCCGUCCUCUUGCUAUCAUGCCUUUCCUCUGUGCAUGUGUGGAAUACUGUAAUGCCAGUGGACGCCUUUUCUCCUCUGUUUUCUUCCUACAAAAGAUCAGAAGCUACCACUACGCCAAGUUUCGGAACAUGGAUGAAUGCCCAGCAAGAAGAUACUGACGGCAACGUACUAGUGCCGCAAUCUUUUGAUGAAAUUGUCCUGAGACGAACUGCUUGCAAAAAAUUCCAACCAUAUACAUGUACUACUAGUAGCAACAACUCCUCUGCACAACAACCAUUGACAAGCAACCCCACCGUGGUACAACAAGCACGCCAUUGUCUCCAAUUGGCCCAACAUGCUCCUUCCAGUUUCAACACACAACCCUACAAGAUCAUUCUCGUACAUUCUCCCGCACAAAAACAACAAUUGGCCAAAUACGCGCUAGGACCCAACCAACAACGAGUACUGGAUGCCGAUUGUACGGCCGUCUUUUGUGCCGAUCGACAAGUACUCUGCACCCUACCCAAGUUCCUACGAUGGCUCAAUCAACAAGACUUGCAAACACGAAAUCAACCCACACCCAAAAAGAUUCAACUUCAAAUGGCCGUCUACAUUACCCUCUUUUCGUCGGGGUAUCCAUUGCCUCGCAUACUCGCGGCACCCAUUUCCUUCCUGGUCCGAAACAUAUUGGCACUCGUAGGAUGCCUCGCACGAUGGCUCCGGAUUUAUGUCUUUCCGUCCUUGUCUAGUGCUGAAACAUGGACCGUCAAACAGUGCCUACUCACCGCCAUGACGUACAUGCUAGGGUGUUCCAGUCGAGGUCUCGAUACAGCUCCCAUGGAAGGAAUCAAUGCCGCUGGGAUUCGACGAGUAUUGAAGAUUCCCAAACGAUAUGCCAUUCCACUCAUUAUUGCCACGGGAACCAGGGCCAAACAAACAAGUAAAACAACAACAACAGCCACACCGAGAUAUCCCACAGAGGACAUGAUAUUCGACAAUCAAUUUGGUACAACUAUGUAG